CGGUGGAGACGCAGAGCAGCAGCUCGGAGGAGAUGGUGCCCAGCUCCCCGUCCCCGCCGCCCCCGCCCCGGGUCUACAAGCCGUGCUUCGUGUGCCAGGACAAGUCAUCCGGCUACCACUACGGGGUCAGCUCCUGUGAGGGCUGCAAGGGCUUCUUCCGCCGCAGUAUCCAGAAGAACAUGGUGUACACCUGCCACCGGGACAAGAACUGCCAGAUCAACAAGGUGACGCGUAACCGCUGCCAGUACUGCAGGCUGCAGAAGUGCUUCGAAGUAGGAAUGUCUAAAGAAGCGGUGCGUAACGACCGCAACAAGCGGAAGAAGGAGGUGAAGGAGGAGGUGCUGAUGCUGGAGAGCUACGAGCUGAGCGUGGAGCUGGAGGAGCUGGUGGGAAAGGUGAGCAAGGCCCACCAGGAAACCUUCCCCUCGCUGGGCCAGCUGGGGAAAUACCACACCAACUCGAGUGCGGAGCACCGCGUGCAGCUGGACCUGGGGCUGUGGGACAAGUUCAGCGAGCUGUCCACCAAGUGCAUCAUCAAGAUCGUGGAGUUCGCCAAGCGCCUGCCCGGCUUCACCACGCUCACCAUCGCCGACCAGAUCACCCUGCUCAAGUCCGCAUGCCUGGACAUCCUGAUGCUGAGGAUCUGCACGCGCUACACCCCGGACCAGGACACCAUGACCUUCUCCGACGGCCUGACGCUGAACCGUACCCAGAUGCACAACGCGGGCUUCGGCCCGCUCACCGAGCUGGUGUUCAGCUUCGCCGUGCAGCUGCUGCCGCUGGAGAUGGACGACACCGAGACCGGCCUCCUCAGCGCCAUCUGCCUGAUCUGCGGAGACCGCAUGGACCUGGAGGAGCCGGCCAAGGUGGACCAGCUGCAGGAGCCGCUGCUGGAGGCGCUGAAGAUCUACGCCCGCCGGCGCCGGCCCAACAAGCCCCACAUGUUCCCCCGCAUGCUGAUGAAGGUCACCGACCUCCGGGGCAUCAGCACCAAGGGUGCUGAGCGGGCCAUCACCCUGAAGAUGGAGAUCCCCGGCCCGAUGCCGCCUCUGAUCCGCGAGAUGCUGGAGAACCCGGAGGCCUUCGAGGACAGCAGCAGCGAGUCCGGGGACAAGCCGGCCGCCAAGACCCCCGCGGACCCCCCCCCGAAGCCGUCGGCCACGGCCCCGGCCCCGCCCACGGCCCCGCCCGCCGCCCCCACCCCGACCAUCAAGAAGGAGCAGGAGGAGCGCGCGACGUCGUGCUCCGCCCCCGCCGAGCAGAAGAGGAGGGAGAAGGAGGAGGGGGGGGGGGGGGACACGUCGUCCAUGUGGGUGGGCGUGGCUUAG